AUGACUACUGCCCACAGACCAACAUUUGAUCCGGCGCAAGGAAAAGAAGCCCUCCGCGGCCCAGCCUACCAUCAGCGCCUCCUCCCAGCCCACACACACUUGAAGACCCGUCAACCCGGACAAGGUGGCGACGCGGACGCAGCUCCCCGCGACCUACGCGCAGAACUCCUCCAGGCUGAGGCUGCUCACUUUGCUAAGAAGAACGGCGUUCCCGUCGACACACCAGCUGUCACCGACUCAGCUCCCAAGCGACAGCUCGAGGCUGCACCCGAAGACGCCAGCGAUCAAAUACAAGAAGAGGACCCAGAAGCGAAGCGGAGACGUAUAUUGGAGGAGUCGCGUGAUAUAGACGCUGACUCGGACGGGUCAGGAGAAGACAGCAGUGACGAGGAUAGUGACGACGAAGAUGAGGCAGCCGAGCUAAUGCGCGAGCUGGAGAAGAUCAAGAAGGAGCGCCUGGAGCAAAAAGAGAAAGAGGAGCGUGAACGGGCCGCAGAGGAAGAGGAGCAGCGUGAGGUUGAUAUUGCCCGCGGUAACCCUCUACUCAAUUCGCAAGACUUUAACAUGAAGCGACGCUGGGACGACGAUGUUGUGUUCAAGAACCAGGCUCGAGGAACGGAGAACCGAGAUGGCAAGGAAUUCGUCAAUGACCUCCUUCGUUCCGAUUUCCACAAGCGCUUCAUGGGCAAGUACGUGCGUUAG